CUUUUAGGUGAAUCGUAUGGAUAUAUGUACACGUAUAUAGUAUUAAUUAUCGUCUCGUGGAUGCGUUUCAAGUAAUUUUUAGUUGCAAAUUGUUUAGUUUAGUCUUCCAGUGAACAACAAAUAAUUAAUUUAGUGAAAAUGACUAUUAAAAAUAAUCUGUGUUUAUUACUAUUCUUUUUUCCUUAUGUAUUUACCUUUGUUUAUGGAGAAAAAAUGCCAUCUGAUAUAGAAAGAUUACAAUCUUCCAUAGCAUCAGAUAAAAGUUCACCUAGUACACCAGUAACAUCAUUGGAAAAUCUAGGAUUUCUACAUGCAUUUCUUGCCUCGCUUUCUGUGAUUAUUGUUUCUGAGUUAGGAGAUAAGACAUUUUUCAUUGCUGCUAUAAUGGCAAUGAGAUAUCCUAGAUUAACGGUAUUUGCUGGUGCUAUAGGUGCUCUGGCAGUCAUGACUGUUUUAUCAGUGAUAUUUGGCUAUGCUGCUACUAUUAUUCCUCGAGCAUAUACAUAUUAUAUUUCUACUGCCUUAUUUGCCUUAUUUGGUUUGAAAAUGUUAAGAGAUGGCUAUUAUAUGUCAUCAAAUGAGGGACAAGAAGAAUUAGAAGAAGUACAGACUGAUCUCAGAAAGCGAGAAGAUGAAUUGGAAAAAGAAAAUAAUGCAACCCUGCUUCAAGAUCCAGAAACUGGUGUUAUUAGGAAAACUAAAAGAACUACUGCUUUGAUGAUGCUUUCCCGGAUAUUUUUGCAAGCUUUUUCUCUUACAUUUCUAGCUGAAUGGGGUGAUCGAUCUCAGCUUACAACUAUAAUUCUUGCAGCUCGUGAAGAUGUUUAUGGUGUUGUUAUUGGUGCUGUGCUUGGACAUGCAUUUUGCACUGGUUUAGCUGUCCUUGGUGGUCGUAUGAUAGCUCAAAAAAUAUCAGUGAGAACAGUGACACUCAUAGGAGGAGUAGUAUUUUUAAUUUUUGCAUUAACAGCUUUAUUUAUAAAGUCUACUGAAGCUAUGUAGUUUAAGUAAGCUAUUUCAAAUUGUCUGUCUCCUUAUGCUAAAGUUUGCUGUUGAUUAUUGCAUAGAGCUACUCAUUUCUAUGGUAUUAUGGAAGUUUCCAAUUACUCAAGUAGUUAAAAUUAACACACUACUUUAUUUUUACUAGUUACUUAAAAGAGGUAUUUUUGAGAAAAAAUGUUAUUAAGAAAUUCAAAUCCUAUUGAAAAAAGGCUUUAGAUUUUUCUUUUUUAUAUAGUAGUUUGAAAUGAUGUUGAAACUGAUUGUAAUACUAAUCUAUUUUAGCAUUAGGAUGCAGAGUACAACAUUGAUGAUCAAUAUUGUGUAUUAUUUGUAGAUGAUUUCAUUCUAAACCAUAAAAUGAUUUAGUUCAAUUCGAUUAGCUCAAUUGACACAAUUGUUUGAUCAAUUGAUAUUAGAUUGAUUUAACCCUUUCUUAAUUAGAACAAAAUAUUUCUCUAUCAUUAAUAUACAAUGGAAGAAUCAUAAUAUGUACAUUGAUACGGCAAAUUUUGUUAAUUUUUCUGUAAAAUAUAUUUUGUAUCUUAUAGUUUUAAUAUAUUCUAUUCUUUUUUUUACAAAGAUUUAAAUUGUGAUAGAAAGUAUUGUAUAAUGUGUUACAGUCUCGUAAACUAUAAAACUUAAAAAAUAAAGAGGAAAUAUUUUUUUAACCAAUAUUUUAUUUGCUAUCAUUGAAAGAAGUGAAUGUAAGAAAUGCAAGUAUAUAUACUAAAUACUUCUAAAUAAAUAGUC